AUGGCUGCACAAUUAAGAGCCUCCUAUCUUGUCCCCCUUCUCCUGGCUGGCUUAGUGCUGACAAAUUCCAAGCCAGAGAAGAUGAAGAUGAAUUGUUACAAAGAUGUGAAAGGCACCAUCUACAAUUAUGAGGCAUUCACUCUUAAUGGAAAGGAACGCAUCCAGUUCAAGCAGUAUGCGGGAAAAUACGUCCUCUUUGUCAACGUGGCCACCUACUGUGCGCUGACAGCUCAAUAUCCUGAGCUGAAUGCACUCCAGGAGGAACUGAAGCCUUUUGGCCUAGUUGUGUUGGGUUUUCCAUGCAACCAGUUUGGAAAGCAAGAACCAGGACAGAACUCAGAGAUUCUUCCUGCGCUCAAGUAUGUCCGUCCAGGCAAAGGGUUUGUGCCUAAUUUCCAGCUUUUUGAGAAAGGGGAUGUGAAUGGUGGAAAAGAACAGAAUGUCUUCACCUUCUUGAAGCACUCCUGUCCUCACCCUUCUGGGAUUUUGGGCUCCUUAAGACAUAUCUCCUGGGAACCCAUAGAAGUCCAUGACAUCCGUUGGAACUUUGAAAAGUUCCUGGUGGGGCCUGAUGGAGUCCCUGUCAUGCGUUGGUUCCACCUGGCUGAAGUCAGCACCGUCAAGUCAGACAUCCUGGCCUACCUGAAGCAAUCCAAACCCAAAUAG